AUCACAUGAAGUUACGUAUCGUUACAAGUAGAGUGUUCUGUAAUAUUUCAACAUCAUCGAUCAUUGUGAAAAAAGAACCAUCGAGACGGCUCGUCCAUUUUCACGUUGCGCACCACCAAAACAACCUCUUCGAGUCCUACUGUCUCUAGACUUGGUUCACAAUGCAGAUCUUUGUGCGUUCGGGAGUCACCCAUGUCUUGGACAUCAGUGAACAACAGACUGUUGGUGAUGUCAGGGCCUUCAUAUGUGAAGCAGAAUCCCUCCCAGAUUCUGAGGUGAGGUUAUAUGCUGCUGGUACUCCACUGGACAAUGAUCAAGUCCCUCUGGUUUCAUUGACAACUGAUGCCAUUGAUGUGAAUGUUGCCCUUAAGGGAGGUAAAGUCCAUGGUUCUUUGUCCCGUGCCGGUAAGGUGAAAGGCCAGACUCCAAAGGUUGAAAAGAAGGAGAAGAAGAAGGCAAAGACUGGACGUGCCAAGAGGAGGAUCCAGUACAAUCGCCGUUACGUCAACGUAGUGGCAACCUUCGGCAAGAAACGAGGCCCUAACAGCAACUCAUAAGAUAUUAACCUUGGCUAGGAUGUGUCUUGCAAUAAAAGGCAGUUAAGUUGAA